ACUAUACUCCUACGCUGAAAUCAGAUUGCAUGAAUGAAAUCAACGGCAAGAAACGACAAAUUAACAAAUGACAUCAGCAACGUCAGUUGCAGCAGAACUAAGCAUAACGAUUUACUUUGGAUACGGUUACAAAAAUGGAGCAGACGACAGUUUUAGGUAGUUGGGAUAACUCAACAUCGAAAGAGGAAAUAUCCACACGAACACUUCAUCAGGUAGGGGCACCAUUGGUUGCAACUUUAGGUUUCAUUGCCAAUACGCUUAUCUUGAUUGCCGUAUUGAAGGCGAAACUCUAUCGACAAAAUGUGAUAUUAUUUGUUCUUAAUUUGGUGAUAAACAACGCCUUGGUCUGUGCGACAAGUCUGCCGUAUAUCGCCGUCAUGGCGUUCAGCUAUUCUGGAGAGGUGAACCUGGCGCUAUGCCAAUUCAUGGGAUAUAUUACGUAUUCUAUCAUAGCUUCUGAAUUAUUGGGACUCAAUCUUGUCGCUAUCAACCGAUAUUUCCUAAUCGUCCGGUACAGGACAUAUUUAGAGAUAUAUAAUAAGAAGAAAAACAUCGCGAUCAUGAUAGCUCUCUCCUGGAUUGUGUACCCGGUACUGAUGGUGUUUCCUGCGACAAAUGUUUGGGGAAGUAUGUCAUAUGACCGCUACAAGUUUUUGUGCCAUCCGUUCAAAGCCAAUGACAGCUUUGGGAAAUUUCUCGCCGGAUUUGCGUUGCUCACCACUGUUCCGUUAAUAAUCUUUGGAUAUAUAAGUAUUCUACCAAAAGUGUUUAAAACCAACCAACAGGUGAAUCUAACCCGGAGCAACGACAAGCCUCGGAAACGGGAGGUUCGUCUGGUGUCCCUGGUAAUUGUACUGUUAAGUACAUUCUGUUUUAUGUAUUUACCAUUCGCCAUCAUGUCUAUCAUUGACCCCACCACGUCACUGUAUGACCCCAAAAUACACAUCAGCUUUGUGUAUGUUGCCUGGGCACAUUGUCUCGUGAAUCCGCUAUUGUAUGCUGUCAUGAACCGUCAGAUCCGGCGGGCCAUCAAAGACCUUUUUCUGGUGCCAGGAGGCAAGAAUGCCGUGUCCGGGAUUACUACGGUUAACCAUUCUAGAACGGACUUAACUACUAAUGAUACUGGCCUAUGAAUUUGUUCAUAGUUCUCGACGAGGAUAUUUCAGGGGACAUCUUUGAAAUUCCAGAGGUAACGCUGUCGUACGUUCUCCGCACCAUUUGGAAAAAAACUGUCAUGAGGAUACUCAGACUUGUAACUUUGAGAUUAAGCGACAUCCUAUUUCAAAGCCGGUCGAUUUUGCCGUUACGCUGCCGCGCGUUUCAUUCGAAGUACAUCAAAAUAAAACUAGCCUUCUUGUGUCAACGACGAGGUGGCGCUUACAAACCCUUCUAAUUCGUCAUGACAUAUUACAAGGAUGCAGAGAACGAAAGAUAGCUCAUGGAAUGUCGAGAAUGAUUUGGUACCGAGUAUUAUCAAAGAAAACCUCUUUAAAAGAAUCGUUUUGUUGUUGUAAAUUUCAUCCAUAUUUGUAGGAUAAGCGUAUGAUUGACAGUGUUCUGUAUGGGCUUCAUUGUAAAUAAAUGUUGCUACAAUUGGAUCGUUGUUUGUCCC